UUUUAUCUAUUUUUCAGAUGUUCCCUCAAGUCUUCGCUUUGAUUAUUUCAACUAUAAUUAUGCUUAAUAUGCAACAAACGUUUGUGGCUGGUGCAGGUUACCAUUAUGAACGGCCAGCAGCUUCACUUCCAGCUGGAAGAACAGAGCAUGUGUUUGGUCCAAUACCCACAAUUCAGCCUUUACCACCGAUACCGGCCUUGCCUCCGCUGCCAACUGCACGCUCUAAAUUUCCACUACAACCACAAACCCUAUUAUUUCACACAGCACAACCGACUAUAGCACCACGACAGUCCUUAGGAACAUUGUUUAUACCACCAACUGCGCCCGCUACAUUCACUGUAACUAAUGCACAACAACCGCAAGCUUUCGUUGGUUUUAUACCACCAACAGCAUCUGCUACAUUUGGUUCCGGUGUUGGAGUAGCUGCUGGUGCACCACCCACAGCACCACCUUUACGCAUACCAUUUGGCAAGCAAGCGGUCAUUCAUUUGCCAACCGCCGACGAAAGAGACUUCUAUGUCGUUAACGGACGUCAGUUGAAGCAAUAUGCGGUAAUUGAGAUAAUUGACAAUGAUAUUGAGCAAUCGGUACAACCGUUCCUAUCAGGUCCUACCUAUGACUUGAAUCGUGCACGUAUUGGCGCUUCUGGAACUGGCGCUCUAUCGCCACUGCCAAGCACACAAGGACUUCAAAUCGGGUCUCGAUCUAGCGCCUUACUCGUAGAGCAGCAGCGGGUAGAACAACCGACACAAUCUGUUGACGAUCCUAUCACCCUAGGCUCUGGUGGUCUUGGCUAUGUGCGCUUACCCAAUGGUAAUGUUUAUUUAGGUUCCGGUUCAUUGGGCUACAUCAGUGCACAGCAACGCUCACGGUUCGUAAUGGAUGCACGUACUCGCACCGGUGCCAAUGCGCCUAGUCCACUGCAUUUCGGUCACGGUGCAUUGGGCGGCACAAGUAAUGUUUUUCGAUUUAAAUAAAAAAAAAUCCAUUGUAUAAAUAAAAUUUAUUUUUAAACAAAUAACAAAUACUCGUACUUGCUACAUGUCUUUAUAUUUUGUACAAUAUUUUCAUUUAAUUUUCUUACGGAUUAUUUUAAGUGUAAUUUCGGUUCAAAGCUGCGUUAAUAAACGAAAUU